AUGAGCGCCACCGCCGACGAGCUCUACUGGAUCAACGCCGCCUACUAUAACAGCGGGGUGGCCUUCACCGACGGCAGCGUCUACAAGUGCGACCUCGCCAAGGACGCCGGCCGCUGCCUGCCCAACACCACUCGCAAGCUGCACGAGAGCUUCGGCACGGCCUACGUGCGCGCGGUGCGCGCCGUCGCGCCCCCCCUCGGCGAGCUCGCGCCGACCAGCGCCGGCUGCGCCGCCGGCUGCCAGCACCUGUGCCUGCGCUCGAGCUGCCGCUGCGCCGUCGGCCAGCGCGGCGCCGAGCGCUGCCGGCCCGUCGACGAGUUCGUCGUCUACGAGGACAGCAAGGUCGUGCGGUCGAUCUGCCUGCCGGCCGAGGACAGCAGCCGCUGCCAGGCCUUCGUCCCCUUCCUGGCCGGGCUGAGGCUCAGGAAGACGGAGCGCACCGGCUUCGACUACGACUCGCUCACGAGGGAACUGUACUACGGCGGCAAAAAUGCCAUUUACCGCGCGGACCUCGACACCGGCAACUCGACCAUUCUGCUCUAUCAGCGCGCGGUGUUCUUCGGGCCGCUGGCACUCGACUGGAUGACGAAGAAUCUUUAUUACACGGAGAUCGAGCAGCGCGGAAACGUGUCGUUCUACAUCCUCAAGGUGCUGUCCGCGCGCCCGGACGUGGACGCUGAAAAGUCGAGCUCCAUGCUGUGGGAGCUCGGCAAGAUUCACACGAUGGCCACGUGCCCGUGGAAGGGUUACCUCUUCCUGUCGGUGUUCCACAACGGCGCCGGGAGGUUCCACAUGAGACGAAUCAACGUGGACGGCACUGAUAUGACGAUCCUGGCCGGUCUCAACGACACCACGUUCUUCUCGAUCGACCAUCCGAAUGAAAAGCUUUACACCAUCAACAAUGUCACGUCGAUGCUCGUGCGCUCGGACUUUGACGGCCAGCAGAUCGAGAACGUAAGCCUCGUCGAGGGCGUCGCAGACGUGACUGGUUUCCUCGUCAACGACCGUGUGAUCUACCUCAAGUAUCGAUCGCGCAUGAUCAAGCUUGACAAGCAAACUGGAAAAUCACUGGGCGAAGUGGACUUGGAGCCGUACGACAGCGACAUGUCGAUGAAUUUGAAACUGCACAACGCGACGAUGUUUGGUAUUUACGACGCGAACCCGUGCGCAACCGGCAACGGCGGUUGCGACAACUUCUGCUUCGCUUUGUCGGGGAAGGACGGCUCGGGCUUGAAAAAAAUUUGCCGAUGCUUCGACGGUGUCGUGUGUCACGGUGACACUCGCUCUGGCAUGGAAUUGGCCGAGAUCAUUAAGAAUAAAAUGUGA